UUUUAUGUUUGCUAUUACAGCAUAUCUCAGCAUCAAAAGGAUAUGUAGAUAUUUCUUCCUUUCUUGUUGAACAAGGAGUAAAUAUCAAUUCCACAGAUAAAUUUGGAGCCACUCCCUUGCUUGAAGCCAUCAAGAAUGGACAUGAAGAAGUAGCAUCUGUACUUGUUAAUUCGGGAGCGAUCCUUACUAUUGAUGAUGUUGGUAACUUUCUCUGCAUGACUGUUGUAAAGAAGGACUUGGACCUUUUAAAAAGGGUUUUGGCUUGUGGAAUCAAUCCAAAUGCCAAAAAUUACGAUCACCGUACACCUCUUCACGUAGCUGCCUCUCAAGGUUUGAUUACAAUGGCUGAAUUACUACUACAAGCAGGAGCAAGUGUUUUAUCUAAGGACACGUAUGGACCAAAUAUUGAAUGGGGAAAUACACCUCUUCUUGAAGCUCAUACCGGUGGAAAUAGAAAUAUGAUCAAAAUGUUCGAAGUUGCAAAAGUUUCUCAGUUGGCUGAGUUGUCCAGCAGUAUUCAUGAAACUCAAGCAACACCAAUGUUGCAGUCAAGAAAUGAAAUUCCCAGAAAGAGGUGUAUAGUAUUUCCUUUCCACCCAUGGGAUCAGAAAGAGGAAAGAAAAGAGGGAGUGGUCCUAUGGGUUCCACAAAGCAUUAAAGAGCUUAUAAAGGAAUCGAUGAAACAUUUGGACAUUCCAAAUGGUUCCUGUAUUUUAUCAGAACAAGGUGGAAAAAUUCUUUAUGUGGACAUGAUUAACAAUGAUGAGAAGCUAUUUCUGGUUAAUGAAGCACAGAAUGGGGUGAAAAAUUAUGGUUAUCCCAGUGUCCAGACACAGAAGUAGGAUCAAAAAUUGUAAACGCAGUUACGACUAGCUGGUUAAGAUACCUUUCCUCAGUCCACAAAUUUUUCUAUUCCAGAUCAGAAAGUGUGGAAAAUAGAUCCAGAAACUAUGUUCAAUCAAUUUGCAUUGUAUGUCUGCAGUUGUUGUUAGUACAAACGAAUUAUUUAACGAAAAAU